GCGCAUCGCAGGGCAGUCACACGCGAAUUUUGUGCCAUCGACUUCGAGGCGUGCUCCACCAGCGAUUCAUAAAAAAUAUACAAAAUUCGCGUCUCCGGGUGUGGGAAUUGUAGUGAGUUGCAAGAACGGAAUACCCGAGAGUACAAAGGAGCCGGGCAUAAAAGAAAAGUGUCUGAAGGCAUUGUGAAAAAGUGUCCUGUCUACCGGAAGCUGUCGCCCGAAACUAUGCAGCAGUAGAGAGACCCUCAUCCGCCAGGGAAUACGUGGAAAAAUUCAUUGCCAUUUAAGUGAAGGCUGCACCGGCUGUGGUCAAUAUGCGUCUACUAAUGCUGAUAUGGGUUAUGAUGAGUGCUUUAAUGGCUACAGUCCUGGGUUCCUUUGAACUUAUAGGACAGUCCAUCAAAGAUGCCCUGGCCGAGUAUACGCUGACGGACAUCAUGAACAACAACCAAUUUACGGGCAUCGAGUUCGGUGAGGCGGAGGACGGUUUUCCUGCCUUUCGUUUCCUGCAGACGGCGGACGUGAAAUCGCCAUACCGCAUGCUCUUGCCCGAGAAACUGUACGAGUUCGCCAUCCUGAUCACUUUCCGGCAGAGCUCGCCGAAGGGCGGCUACCUGUUCAGUGUGGUCAACCCGCUGGACACCGUUGUCCAGCUGGGUGUCCACCUGUCGCCGGUGGUGAAGAACAGCUACAACGUAUCGCUGGUCUAUACGCAGGCGGACCAAAGUAUUGGCCGCAAGUUGGCCAGCUUCGGUGUGGCUCAUGUGCCGGACAAGUGGAACUCGAUCGCUCUCCAGGUGCUCAGCGACAAGGUGUCCUUCUACUAUGACUGCGAGCUGCGCAAUACCACGCCAGUGGUUAGGGAACCCAUCGAGUUGGUCUUUGACUCUGCCUCAACGCUCUACAUUGGCCAGGCGGGCUCCAUUGUUGGCGGCAAGUUUGAGGGCUAUUUAGAAAAAAUCAAUGUCUAUGGUAAUCCCGAUGCCAUAAAUGUCACAUGCAUGCCGCCCCCAAAGGCAACGGUCGCCCCCACCACAGCGGAUCUGGAUUUGUUUCCUGAUGACGGAUCUGGAGAGAGUUUUCUACCCGAAGAUUCAACGGAUGCCAAUAUUUUAAGUGACGAUUUCUGGGCUGCAUCCGAUGAGGCGACGGACAUCUUCGACGCCAGCGGUAUGCAGCCCCCAGGACAGACGCAGUACUCGCACGAGAGACCAUACCGCGGCAUCAAGGGCGAGAAGGGCGAGCGCGGACCGAAGGGCGACAGCAUACGCGGUCCGCCGGGACCGCCGGGUCCGCCCGGGCCCAAAGGUGAUCCGGCCGUCUAUCCGCCCUUUGUGGAGACAACGAGUGCGGGGGCUAAAUACACUGGCGAGUGUACAUGUAAUGCGUCUGAUAUCCUAGAGGCCAUCAAGGACAAUGAGUCGUUGCGGGAAACGCUCCGCGGAGCGCCAGGAGCGGCGGGCAAGGACGGAAAGCCAGGUACCCCUGGUCACACCGGAGCAACCGGAGUGCCAGGAGCUCGCGGCGCCCGGGGAUCCGAAGGUGCCCAGGGGCAGAAGGGCGAGCCAGGCGUCGACGGCCUACCCGGAGUCGUGGGUCCGCCGGGACCACCGGGUCCGCCUGGUUUGCCCGAGAAUUACGAUGAAUCCCUAAUGGUCAACUCGAUGGGCACAUUCCGGGGCACGACGCAGCCGGGACCCAAAGGUGUGUCCGGCGAGAAAGGUGAUGCGGGCCAGAAAGGAGAGCGCGGCGAUCCGGGUCACAAAGGUGCGCACGGGCCCAGCGGCGCAAAGGGUGAGCCUGGUGAGCCGGGAACACCCGGCCUGCCGGGAUUGCCCGGUCAGGCUGGACAGCCCGGCGGACUCGAGGGCAUGGCCAGCGCUAACGGGACCAAGGGCGAGAAAGGAGAAAAGGGAAUGCGAGGACGACGCGGCGGCACCGGACCCGCUGGACCAAUCGGACCGCCCGGAAAGACCGGGGCCAUGGGCGAUAUUGGACACUCGGGACGGCCGGGCAUGACAGGACCAAAGGGUGAGAUGGGACCCAAGGGCCCGAAGGGAGAUUCCGGCGGACGCGAAGGGGUCAAGGGUGACAAGGGCGACCGAGGUCAGGAUGGACGCGAUGGCCUGCCCGGACCACCGGGACUGCCCGCCACUGGUGGCGGCGAUGGUGACAGCAGCGGGGUUCAGUACAUACCGAUGCCAGGACCUCCAGGACCUCCGGGACCACCUGGCCUGCCGGGUCUCUCGAUUUCCGGACCCAAAGGAGAGCCCGGAAUGGAUUCGCGCAGCAGCUUCUUCGGUGACGCCUCCUAUUACGGCCGACCAGGUGCGCGCUCAUCUUUAGACGAACUAAAAGCACUGCGAGAGCUGCAAGAUCUGCGCGAUCGGCCCGAUGGCACAGCCGAGCCGCCUCGCCAGACAGUACAUUCACACAAACAUGAGGAGGCCCUGGGGCCCGUUGAGGGCGAGGAACCAUACUUUUCGGCCUCCUCCUCGAACAUGAAUAUGAAGAUUGUGCCCGGCGCAGUCACCUUCCAGAACAUCGAUGAAAUGACUAAAAAGUCGGCACUGAAUCCGCCGGGCACGUUGGCCUACAUCACCGAGGAGGAGGCACUGCUCGUUCGCGUCAACAAGGGCUGGCAGUAUAUUGCGCUGGGUACCUUGGUGCCGAUUGCCACGCCCGCACCGCCCACAACGGUGGCGCCCUCGAUGCGAUUCGAUCUGCAGUCGAAGAACCUGCUCAACAGCCCGCCGCCCCCGCUCAAUACGCCCACGUGGUAUCCGCGAAUGCUACGCGUGGCGGCACUGAACGAGCCCUCCGUCGGCGAUUUGCAGGGGAUCCGGGGUGCGGACUUUGCCUGCUAUCGGCAGGGACGACGAGCUGGCCUUUUGGGCACCUUCAAGGCAUUCCUCUCCUCCAGGGUACAGAAUCUGGACUCGAUUGUUCGUCCGGCUGACCGGGACCUGCCCGUGGUAAAUACGCGCGGCGAUGUGCUCUUCAAUUCGUGGAAGGGAAUCUUCAAUGGCCAGGGCGGAUUCUUCUCGCAGGCGCCGAGAAUCUACAGCUUCAGUGGCAAGAACGUGAUGACGGAUCCGUUGUGGCCCAUGAAAAUGGUCUGGCAUGGUUCCUUGCCCAAUGGCGAGCGUUCCAUGGACACAUACUGCGAUGCCUGGCACUCGAGCGCCCAUGACAAGUCUGGUUAUGCCAGCAAUCUCGAGGGUCACAAGCUGCUCGAUCAGAAGAGGCAAUCCUGCGAUGGCAAGCUGAUCGUCCUGUGCGUAGAGGCCCUCUCGCAGGAUCGCAAGCGAAAGAAGCGGGACCUCGGCGGUGGCAGCUACCGCAACAGUCGCAGUAACAGUCAUGACGAGAGCGAAAGUCUGGAGUUCAGCACGGCCGAGGAGUAUGCAGCGCAUUUAGAAAAUUUACUGCUGUAAGCGGAACCGGAAGGAAGAAGCAGCGGCAAGCGAGUCAUACAGUCACACCAACACAUACUCAUACAUAAAACAAGGCGAAACAAAAACAAAAACAAAAACCAAACAAAACAAAUCACAGCACACACACACACACGUACAUACUAUACAUUGAACGUAAACGUAAAUCAUGGCCAUGCAUAUAAUCAGCGAAUUCCAAAUAGAAACCAAAAAAAGAAUACUCAGACGACAGAUGGAAGUUGCAUAUAAAUACAUACUUAUAAUACCCGUACGAAUACACACUACUCGUAGGUAAUGUCUAAUAUAUUUCAUAAACAUACAUAUAGCAUAUAUAGCAUAUAUAUCGUGGAUAUAUAUAUGGGGGUGUACUUUAUGUUCAGGACAAGGCGACGAAGGCAACAAACAAUUUUUUGUACAAGCAGGAAACGUAUUCGUAGCUCGUAAACUGUAAUUUGUAACGUAGCGUUUAGCCGUAACCGAAGUAAUGUAAUUUUUGUAAUUACGUAAGCUCACCCUCGACACAGCAGCAGAUCCAAGGAUAUAUGUUAGAUCACAGGAUCAUACAGUCGCCUCCGCCUACGCAUUACUGGCCAAAUUAGUAUCCUACUUAGCUCGUAUGGCAAUGCACCCGAGAAUCGAGGAACUCUUCACCGGACUCUGUAUAUGCGUGUAUAAAUGUGUAUUUUUGUCGACAAAAGACUUCUAGGUGUGUGUAAAUUAUAAGGAACCCGAGUACCGUUUUUAACUAUCGCAUGCAGCUCAUUCUGCCCCGUCUAUCUCUAAACUAUAUACUAGGAUAUACUUGUAUGUUUUACGACCGAUUUCUACUCCAACCUUAGGCCAGAGAUUUUCUACAGUGUAGUGCGCGAUUCCAGUAAAACAAAAAACAAAAGAAUACUCGUAAUCGGAAUCCCAAUUUCGGAUAGCCGUUUUUAUAUACAUAUGCAUCAUCAGAUGAGUAAGGAUAAUGCAAUUAUAGCGUAACAUGCCAUUAUCCAGCCAGCCCACACGCAAAAACACACCGAUGGUAAAUUCGUAAUUUAUUGUCAUUCGAUAACGAAUACUUAACUAAAUUCUAAUUAUAAUUACCGAGCAUAGUUAGUUAUAUAAUAAUUUCAUUUUGCAUUUAACCAAUGCAUUUCCAACUACAAAAUUUGUAAUGUAAUUAAAUGUAAUUGUAACGACAGUUAAGGUAUUAAUUUAAAACAAUAAACCACGAAUGGCGCAGAACACAAAGCGAAGGGAGCGCCAAGUGACAUUAUAUAAUAGUACGAUUAAAGUAAAAAAUAUAUAUAUAUAUAUUUAGUGAAAUCAAAACUGAAGUGCAGAACAGAACCCUCUAGUCCUAAGUCUAAAAAAUAUGAUGAAAAAAGCGUAACAUGAAUACAUAAUAGCAUAAUAAUAUAAUUGAAUAAUACGAAAUAAUAAAAACUAAACUAUCAAAGGCAA